UCAUCUCCUCUUAAAAUGGUUGCUUUUGCUAAGAUUUGUCUUUUGGCCCUCGUCGCCACCGCCUCAGUGUCCGGACAACUAAUGGUCGAGUCGUUGGUGAAUGCCUCACCCUCCUUCGACCAAGCUUCCGGUGCUGAUACCCAUGCCCUCCACGAUCAUCAUCUUCAUGACGAUGGACUACUCGCCCAUGCCGACCACGAUCGUCUUCAUGACGAUGGUGAACCCACCCAUGCCGUGGUAGAAUUCACCCCUGAUCGUGCGUUCCGUCAAGGCCAAGGAAACGAGGUCGCUCUGGAUAUCGGAAGCAUUGCCGCCGCCGGUGAGAGAUGUAUUGAUAAGGUCGUCAUGGUCGAGGAGACCGAAUACGACGAGGAGAUCGAGUGCCACCAUAGCUACUCUGAGCGAUGCCACACCACCUAUACCACCGACUUUGAGCCCCAACAAGAGGAGGAGUGCGAGGAGAACUUCAAGAAGAGCUGCUUCAUCGAAUACCGAAAGGUGGCCUUUGAAGAACCCAUCAGGUUCUGCCACACCCCGUUGAUCUGCGAGGGCGAAGGACCCGAGGAAUGUAAGACCGUGUAUGAGACCCAAUGUGAGACUCGUUACCACGAGCAUGAGGUCGAGGAUGAUGUCGUCGAUUGCGAGACCAUUCAAGAGGAGAAGUGCGAGGAUGUCACUCAGGGUUAUACCACCGAGCAAAAGUGCACCAAGUGGCCCAAGCAAGUGUGCUCCAACGAGAAGAAGACUGUCAAGAAGUACACCCCCGAGACCGACUGUAAGAAGGUCGGCCGUGAGCUCUGCGGACCCUCCGGUUGCGUUCCCCAACCCGGACCUGAGGAGUGCUUCGACAAAAAGGAGACUGUUGUCCAAGAGGUGCCCGAGGAGACUUGCAAAUUGGAACCCCAAAGAUCGUGCAAGCACGUCACCAAAUUGGUGCCCCUCCUCAAGCCUUCCGAGGAGUGCGUGGACAUCCCCAAGGAGGUGUGCUCCCGAUCCCGCAAGAACCCCCGCAAGGUCCAAAAGCCCGUGGUCAAGAAGUGGUGCUACGUGCCCUCCGAGCAAUCUGGUUUGGCUUAAGAUGGAUCCUCUCAACUCAAUCCAACUCAAACAGCCCCCCACAAAGCUUUAUGACCCGUUGCCGUUCCUUGCAAUCAUCAGCACUGCCAGUCCGGAUGAUGAGGACACCCCUGCAAUCUCGGCUCGAUCCAUUCUGGCCUUUUUAUCUUCGUUUCUGUGUCGUGACCAUCAGUCUUUCGCCAGCGUUUUCUGCUAUCUCUCGCUCGGCUUUCACAAGCUUUUGAUUAACCCACUCUCCCCCCGCAAACUAGUCUCCCUGAGAAACAAUUAAACGAAGCUUCAACCCUUCCUUCAGAAAUCAAAGUCCGCGUUUGAUGCGGAUCACUGCCAUGAAUUGCGACUGCCGCCUCUUGAUGAGGCCAUCAACUCCAAUCAAUCUCACAAUGGAAACACCCUUGGGCAUUAUUGACACCAAAAGGCACUU